AUGGCGGACACAGCGCACAAUGCCGAGGUGGAAGAGUUGAGGUUAGAGUCUCUUUUAUCUAAUUUAAAGGCAAUUGAUGCAAUAUUUUGUAUACUCGAAUGUUUCAAGUUAAGGAAAAAACAUACCUUGGAGAGAUCAACUCUCAGAAAGUCGUUAUCUUCCUGCUUGUGUAUUGAAUCGUGGCGUAAAGUUCGAUAAUAAUAGCUAUUGUGUGCAUAGAAAUUAACUUAUAUUUAUAUUUUUAGUUGCUUUAGUUCCCUAUAAUUCGGAGAUAAAAUAUAUACAUUUUUUGUACUCCAAGAAGCAAACUUCACUCUAUGUUUUGUUUUCAAAGCGUCCGUUUCCUGCGCGCUUAUUUUUUUGUGUUUGAUCGUAUAUAAGAAGAUCGAUUGCCAUCGGGCUUUUAAGCUUACUUUGCCAGAUCUUAAUUCAUUUUUAUGUCUUUUUCAAAAAUAUACAGGCUCGUUUAUAUUGAGAAAGAAAAAUUGUUUUCAUUAUUUUGAAAUUUCAGUAACUUAAAUGCACCAACUUUUUUUUGUGAAGGAGAAAAUAAAAGUCGAACUGCAAGAAUUCUUACAUUUAGCUAACAGCUGACAUAUCAGGUUGAUAACAAUUUAUACGAGCAGAAACAAAGCUUGUCAUUAUUAUUUAACAAAAUUUAUUCUGUAUUAUUUGCAUUUUAAAUUCAGGAUUUUGCUCACACACCCUAAAGUCACGUUCGUUCAUACCCUACAGUAUAUUGUUUGUGGGUAUCAUUGAUGUUAUCCAGGUUUAUCCAGGAAACAUUCUUGAACUUUGUUCUAUAGAUCAGUUGUAACUUAGUUUUCAUAUUUUGAAGCAUUUUAUUUGUUUGUGUUCACUUCCAUGUCCUCAUUUUCAUAUUUUAAGAUGCCAACAAGUUAUGUAGAAUUUAAAAAUGUGUAAACAUGCAGUGUAAUACAUAAACUUAAAUGACGUUGUUUAUCAUCAUAAAGAGGUUUAAAAAGUUACUCUAGGAGCAUAAUUCCUACAUGGUAAAAUAAUUGACUGUACACUCUUUGUAUGGAAUGCCUUAAUUUCCUGUAAAAUAUAAACUCACAAUAUUAAUGUGUAAACAUGACUUUGAAAACCCACUCAAGCAAGGAAAACAUGAUAAUUGAACCUCACUUUCCUGGUUGCAAGUAACUAAACCAUCAAAAUAACCUCAAAAUAUUCCCCUAACAUUCUGAUUAGAGUACAUGUAAACAUGAUUGUCAGCCACAUAAUAUUAUCCUUAUGAGCUGAAGAAGGACAAUUUAUGCUUAGCAUAUAUUAAAUAGGAGGGAAGUUGCAAUAUAGAAUUGGCACCACUGAGAGAUGAAUAAAUGGAUACAGGGGUGCUAUUCCAGUAUUCUUUAAGGCCAGGCCCACUGCGGGUCACUGGGGUAUAUGUCCCGGGGAGAGGGGCGGGGGUACUUGGGUAAAUUUUGGGUGGGCAUGUGGUGGUGGCCUCUCAGAGCCCCUACCCCAUUACAGUCUAUUUUGUGACCAAUUAUAGACCCCUUCUUGGUCACUUUUGGGCAAAUAUGUAAUUUUUGCGAUCCCAACUUAGUCGCUUUCUAUUUUUAUUAAUUGACUCCUUUUUUAAACUGAAUGAAGAACACUUUAUAAACAUUCUAGUAUGUUUGCUAACUGUAAAAAUGAAGAACUGCCUUACCACUAAAAAUCUGAAAAUGUGCAACCCUAUUCUAGUAACUCUAUUAAAAAUGUGACCCCAUUAUAGACACUCCAGUCGUGAAAAUGCGACCCCAUCCAGCAGCACAUCCCCAUUAUCCUCUUAUAAGGAAGUACCUUUCGGUGUAUUUGUAUUCAAAGUGGUUAAUGAAUAAAAAAAGUACAAAUUAAAGAGAAUGGACCCUUUAGCCGAAUUAUACAUCACUAUCCAGCGGAUAAGUGUUAGGCAAUCCAAUCAGGUUAUCCGGUGGAUAGUGCUAUCCCCAUUUUGAACAACUGGGGCCAGUACUUUGCUAACAGAUAAGUGUCAUUAUUUUGUUUCCUUUCCUUAAAACUAAUAAAUGAAACAGGUAAGAAUUCUCGUUUUAAUUAUUCCAGAAUACAAUGUCCUUUACUUUUUAAAACAAAAUGUUGUUUUAGAACUGCUCCUCGUUAAAUGGAUUUUUAACAUUUCAAGCUGUUGAAUAUAUGACCAGGCCUUGUUAUUUUAUUUGAUUGCAGAAUCCUUAUUUAUAUUUGACUGGCUAACCUACUUACAUGUAUAUGAAAGGGAGGUUUACAGGAAACAAAGCACUCAAGGACAUGCAUGGCCUAUAGCUACAGUAAAUUCUUUUGAUCCAAGUUUUGCUUUAUAAAAAGUAAAUAAAUGUUAAAGUUAGUUAAAUUGGGGACAAGCUUGAAGGGCAGGAAUUUGAAGGGUUUGCAGUCCAUGUUUUUUUGGAGAGGAAUCAUGUCAAUAAGGGAUUUCACUAGUCAGUUAAUGUUUGGGAACUAGCUGUAAACAAUAUACUUAUAAGGUGGUUUAUUCCAUGUGAUGUUUCAGCUGGUACCACUAUAGUAUAAAUCGACAUGCAGCAGAAGGCCUUCUCAUGGCAAAUGGAAAAGAUGGGAGUUAUUUAUUAAGGGCAAGCACAUCCAAUCCUGGAGAAUAUUCACUGUCAGUAAAGUAAGUCAGUUUCAAGGUGUUAUCAGAAGCCUUUUAGCUAAAUGCCUUCUUUCAGACUUCCAUGUCAUUUAAGUAAUGGCAAAAUAGUAAUGGUUGGCCAUGGGGCAUAAUAAUUUCUAACUUGGAUGCUGUUUCUUCAAAAGAUCAUCAUGUGGUUCAGAAAAAUUCACCAAGAAGACAAAUAAUAUUGUUUAGACAGUCAUUGAGAUUACAUGUAAAAAAAGGAAAAAUAUUAUAGAGAUAGACAAACUCAUUUCAAAGUCAGAUGAUUGCAUUUUCAAGUUGCCACAUGGGUUUGGUGAAAACUAAAAUCCCUUUAAGCCUGGAAUAUAAUUUGUACAGUAGCUGAUCAAUUUCCACCCUCCAAAUGCUACAAACAAACUUGUAUUUCUUAAAAAACAGUAAGAUAUCAAAUGUGAAGAAAAAGGAAAUGUAAAAUUGUAAGGUUAGAAAAUUUCUUUUUGAGGCCAAUAAAAAAGGGUCUGAGUAUUUUUGGUUCUAAGGUGUGGCAAGUUUGCAAUCCGGUAAUGAAAAUAAUAUCUUAGCUUUUUAAGGUGCUUACUCAAAGCCGACUUUCCAUUUUAUACAUCUAUUUCAUUACUUUUGUAGUCAUCUAGAAGUGGAAGAGAAUUUUAUCACACCCAGUGACCUUGUCACACCUAGGCGUACUUACAUGUAGAUGAUUCAUUGAGUUCAAAAUGUUUUGGAAUGACAAAUGAUUUUAUUAAAAAAGUGUAGGUCUAGUCAUAAAAAUAUAUAUAUAUAUAUAUAAAUCAGUGUAUGCAGUUGUUUUUGUGAGUUAAACAUGAGCUGGCCAUUUUGGAGCUACAUGUAAGCAUUCUCUUAUCUUUUGUGAUUGGCGUCAUCCCUCAAAACUUGUUGGACUACUACUGUUGAUCCAUUGGCAGCCAAAUUGACUGCCAUUUGGCAGAUUGGCAAAUCUUUAGCAAUAAAAACAUCAUUAUUUUGACUGUCAGUCAACUGUUAGCAAGUGCUGUUUGUACAUUGUCAGUAUAGGUUGUUGAGCUUAUGAGCCAUAUUCCUACAAACACCUAGAGAAUUAAAUUUUUUUCAUGAUGAUGUUAAAUUUUCAUUUUUGUGUUAAUAUUACUAAUUAGUUAGCCAUCGCUGUCGACUUUCUAUUACUUAUCUAUCAGGAAGACGUGCAGCAUGUAGUUGCUUUGAGUCUCCCCUUUGGUUCCAUUUUGAGCAGUCUACCAAAGAGUGCAUAGAUUUGACUUAACAAGUUCCUUAAGUUAAAUUUAUCUCCAGACAUUUCAUUGUUUCUGAUGCUGAACAGCACUUGGGUAGAGACUUUAAGAAUUCAAUUGAUGCAAGAUAUAAAUUGAAGGCAAACACUUAACUGGAAAGCACCCAACAGAAUAUCCAUAAAGCAGAAACCAAAUGUUUAGAACGUCAGUCAAUACUCUCCUUUUGACUUCUCCUGCAAGCAACCAGCUCUAGUUUUGAUCAGCAUUGUAAAACCUGGUUUGAAAGUAAAGCUCUUGUAAGCACCACUUUUUCUUCUUGCAAGCAGCCACUCUGUCAAAAUUGACUUCUUGAUCAAAUUUAGGGUAAUAGAUACAAAAGCGCUAAAUGCAUGGUUUGUUUUUAAUUGACUUCCAUUAAGAAUGAAUGGAAUGCACAGAAUGCAAUUCGAUCAUGCAUGUUUGAACCUUCUGUCGCUCGUAAUCUGACCAUGCGUGUUUUGACUAUCUGUCACGAGAAACUUACACGAAGCACAGUGAUGGAGCGAAAGGGUUUUGACCUUCGAUCUUUGUCACCCGUACUCUGUAACCUUUGGUAUAUGACUAGUAUUUUAACCUGAAUGUAUUCACAAAAAAGGGGUUAUUUACAUACAUGUAUGGCAAGCUUUCUGCUAAAAGCUCUUGUAAGCAAACUGCCCUCAAUAUGUGGAUCGCAUGGUUGCUUACGAGAAGCCAGAAACAAUAUUGCAAGAUGCAUUUCAGCUGCAGCUCCCAUCUCCUUUCUACGGUGGGGAAUUGAAGAGAGGGUAGCAAUACUCCAAGGGGUUUUAUUUUGGUACAGGCUUGUUAGCACAGCUGGAUCAAUUUUCAUAUUCCUUUUUUUCAGGUGUGCCAAUUCAGUGAAGCAUUUCCAGAUUGGUUGGGAUGGUUCACAGUAUAAAUUUGGAAUGGGUACUUUUUCAUGUUUGAGUGAAUUUGUAGAACACUUUGAAAACAAACCUUUGAUUGGUGGUGAUUCAGGUAAGGUUUUUCCAUGAAAUUCAGCCCUAGCUGUGUACUUUUGUUGGUAAAUGUUAAGGAAGGACAAGAAUAAUGUAGAGGCCAGGGCCGAGUUGUUCAAAGCUGGGUUAAGAUAACCCAGGGUUAGUGCGAGAUUUGAGUUCAGAUUUGAAAGCUUAAAAAGCAUUUCAGUGUUAAUUCUUUUUGUCUACAAGUUGAUGAUUGGAAGCUCUAAAAAUAACAGAGAAAAUUGUCUGAGAAAAUGCUUUUGAACACGAGAUAAAGAAACCCAGGUAAAAUUUAACCCCGGCUGGUUGAAUAAUUUUUAAGAACAAACCCCAAUGAAUAAAAACAAACAACUCUUUUUAUAGACUCAAGCAAAACUAACAAUUGUGGAAUGACUGAACAAAACCAUUUGAAUAGUGUAUCAAUAGAGAAUGCAUCACUGCAAAGAGGCCUACAUGGUCAAAGCAACCCUAGCCUGGCAUUAACUUAUAGACUAGCUUGGUACUACAUGUAAAUGCAUGGUCUUUUCAGAGAUCAUCAUGCACACAUCAGCCAUUUUGGUGCAGGUGUGUAAUUAUAAUUUAUUAUAUUUAUCAUGGAAACAAAUUCAUUUGUUCAGAGAAACUGACAAUAGAUGCUACCCACAUGACAAAAAAUAAAAUGAUCCAAGCUUUCUACUAGUUAUCAUUAUUGAAGUUUUCCUAAUUCAGGUUGGUGUUGAUCAUCUCUUUAUUGUUUUUUAGGAGUCUUGACAUUAUUAAAAUACCCAUAUCCAAGAGACAUAGCAGAACCAUCAACUUAUGAGAAGGUGCGAGUACAUGCUGAGUGGGGCAAGAACAGAAGAAGCAGUGUUGAAAACAAUACUGAUGAUGGUGUUCAGUCUGUGAGUACAUGAUUAUCUGGUUUCAUACAUGUUGUAGAUUUAUUGAAAAAAUAGUAUUAUAUUGUCUUAAUAAAAGAAUUCUCAACCCCCCUGACAUUUCUUUUGUAUCAGGUGUAAGAGCUGCUGAACAUUAUCUUUCCUGUAAUUUUCUGCUCAGUCUACAGUGGUUUAUAAGUUCUUUGUUCUUUGAUAGAGCUAGUUGAAAAAUGUUUUGUUAUGUAAUAUGAAAGUGACAUUUGUAAUGCAUGUUAGGCAAUCCCCUCCUCCCUUCUCCCUUGCGCACGGUCUUGCACCCAAAUUUUCUUCCCCUUCCCUUUCGAAUGCCUGCCAUGCAGGCUAACAAAUGGGCUUAUAUCCUUGUCUUUUGAGAUUUUGAACAAUUGCCUUCGUUUUGAAUUAAGUAUUAAUUUCAAUAUCUCAUAAUCUAUGAGCUCUCUUGUGGUGUAUGGUGUAUCACUUUCAAUAAAAAAAUUCAAAGGCGUUUUCCUGAUAUUUUCUGACUGCCAUUGUUUUCCCUCUUUUGGGGGACGUUGAGGUGCCAUCUCCAUGUUAAGUACUUUAAAUAUUGCCUCUGAAAACAUACCUCUGAUUAUCUCUUGCACAUUGUCAGUUUGGAAAACCAUCAAACAGAUCUGUAUCUUGGCAAGAUCUUUUGUGUUUUUAUCCCCUUUUAUAUAUCAGAGUCUUGACUUUCAACAAUUGUCAAAAAUAAUGGUCAGUAAGAUUUUUAUAUUAAUUUUGAUGAACGGUGCCUAAAAGGAUGCAGAUGAGACCUGAGACCUCAGGUCACCAAAGAUGUUGGCUUUCCAGACUCUUUCAUGCCAUUCAAUGCUUUCCAGGCAAGAGCCUUAACGUGCUCGAUCUGACAUCUUGCUCAUGCAGUUGAGGAAAUGCAUGACCCUUCAUACGUGACGUCAUCCACUUCCUCGAGCACUGUGCAAUCGCACAUGACCAAAGAUCUCAAGGUGCUCUUUUACCUAUCAAAUGCCCCCUGUUGGACCUCUAAAAUAAUUUAAUAAAUAAAUGCCCCAGGCUACUAUUAGAUCAUUUACGGUACCUGGAUUUUUGGAAGUGAUUAUUAGUAUUCUAGUCAACUUAGUCAUGCCCAAAUCAAGGAAGGCCAUCAGAGAUAAUUGUAGCAGCAGUUGACACUCGAUCAGUUAUUGAAAAUUCCUUGCAUUUAAAUGUACAUGUAAAGGUUCGUUUUAAUAUUUAGACUUAUCAUUUUUCAGUUUGGGUCAAAGGAAGGAUAUCUCACAAAGCUUGGUGGUAAAAUAAAGGUAAGAAUAGCUCUUAAUUAUUAUAUCAAACUCCAAACAUUUUUUUGCUGUUCACAGAUAUCAGUGACAGUAUUGUGGGGUUUUUCUUGGCAAUUGAAAGUAUAGGAUCUAUCCUGAAAAGCACCAUUAUUUAACAAUUAUUGAAUGAGGCUGAGUAUCAUCUGAAGAAUUAUGGAGCUCGAGGACUGAGUGUUUUUGGCCUCGGCAGAUAACACCGUCCAAGAUCUCCAAAAGAGACCAUUUUACAGUUGUGGACUCAGUAUUCUAGCCUUUGAGUGAAAGUGAGGCUGAGGUUGACCUUGUUUUUAUAUAAACCUCCUUCCUUUUGUAAUGGACAUUAUGCUUGAAAAAUACUAGUUAGCAUAAGAACAUGAUUUACAUAAUAAAGCAGGAAGGGUUAUAUCAAAACAAGGUCAACUCCAGCAUCGUUUUCACCUGUAACACCUUACUGUAAAAUGGGCUACUCUUCAGAUGAUAUGAAAGCCGAAUUCAAUAAUUGUUUAUUAUUCAUUCAUAAUUUAAUUCCUAGUUUAAAAACAAGCUAAAACAUAUGCUUACCCCCAUCUAUGUUAACUUCAUCUUCAAAAAUGCACAUUUAUUGGCAAGUUUAGGAGAUAAAGGGUCGUUCAGGUGUGCAAAUAUCCUCCAAAUAGCAGAUGUCAUCCAUUGGGUUGGCUUCGUGGUGUUCUUGCUAUGUUUGUAGCCAAUAGUUUGCGUAUUUCUUACAUCUUGAAACUAGGGAAAUGUCCUGUCAUUUUGAAGUCACAACCGAAAGAACUCGACCUCGUCCACAGGUCUUCUCGGUUAAAGGUUCAACAAUCCGGCAAUUUCACUGCACUUUUGAUGUUAUUUUUCACGUAUUGCAAAUUUCUUCCAUAUUUGGUCAACAAUAGCUGGUUAUGAUGAAUAAUGCGUGAGGUUUUAGCCAAUCAGAAACGGAGAAAUAAUGCGUGAGGUUUUAGCCAAUCAGAAAUGGAGAAUAUUUUUAAUGAAUAAUAAUAAUUAUUAUUAUUAUUAUUUACUGUGCUCACACCAUUCAGUUUGUAGUGAAUGCCCAAAUGGAAGUUUCUACAGGGUUUAUGUAAGGAAAUCACUGUCAAAACAUCAUUUUAAUAAAUUUUUAUUGUAAAUGGCCCUUUUUCCAGAAAGACAGGCUUAAGUCUUUUAACCACUUAACUUGCUUUGAAAUUAAUUUUCAUCUUUGACCUGUACACCCUUUUUUCUUUGUUUUUACUGUUCUUGCUGAGUUUUCUCUUAACAUUGCUGCGAUGUUCUAGCUAGGAUAGUGUCUGAAAAAGGAUGUGGUCCUUACCUUUGUUUUGACCCUUUAGGUGACAGCACCUAGCUAUAGUUAAUAUGUUAUUUUCAACUGGUAAAUUUUGCUGUUUGGUUGUCAUUAUAGUUACCAAACUUUUAACCAUCAUCAUUUCUAUACUUGAAAAACAUGACUCCUAGUUGUUCACUUACUUCAAUCAUUGACUGUGUAUUAUUUUAUAAUGAUUUAAAAUCAAAUUGUUUAUUUCUAUGGCUCAUUUGCUGCACUUACAUUUCAUGUUGUGCUGCAUUAUUUCUAAAAUCCGUCAAAUUCCACAAGAAUAAACCCUUCUGUAUGGGUGUCUUGGGCAAAACAUUUUCUCAUUAAAGUUCCAAACAUCACACAGCAAACAGUAGAAUUAUGUUACUUUUUGCAUGUUGACCAUGUCACUGGCCUUUAGCUAAAACCCAGGUCGUUACUUGGUUGGUAAAAGGAGAGUGCUAACUUAACUGUUCCCUCUGGACUUGUUGAUGAAAGUUCAUGAAUAGACCAUUUUUUAGUUGUGGACUAAGCACCCUAGCCUUCAAGUGAAUGUGAGGCUGACGGUGACCUUGUUUUCAGGGUUCUCAAUAGAUUUUUAAGUAGGAGGUGAUCACUGAUAAAGUAGGAGGCUCUUCAGCAAAGCCAGAGGUGUCAAAACAAAGCAAAGAAAAGCGACUUCAACACAAAGUAAGCGGCUAUAAAUCCCAAAGUAAGCGGCGAUCAAUCGCUGGGUGCCGCCUUCUAUUGAGAACCCUGUGUUUUGAUACAAACCUCCUUUGCUUUGUUAUGGAAAUUGUACAUGAAAAAUACUGGUUAGCAUAAGAAUAACUUGAUUUACAUGAUAAAGCAGGAAGGUUUGUAUCAAAACAAGAUCAACUCCAGCCUCGGUUCCAUACAUAACUGUAAAAUGGCCUAUUCUACCUGAGUGUAUCAAUAAUUUUAGGACUGCAUGGUCAAAGGGUGCAUUGCAUAUGCUUAAAGCCCUGAGUUUGCGUCAGAUAAAACAUCACAGAAGUGAUGAUGCUAAUAAUAGGUUCCCCUCCGCUUACAGCAGUACAUAAUAUUCAUUUAAAAAAGUUUCUCCUCCUAUAAUGUAUAUUCUGUGUUUGCAGUUACGAAAAGUUAUUGGUCUUAUACUUUCAAUCCUGUUACCUCUAGCAGAACUGGAAAACAAGAUGGUUUGUACUCUUGAAGAAUGAGCUAAAAUAUUAUAAAACAAAAGGGGUGAGUACUAACUUUGACGUGGGUGAACGUAUGAGGAUGACCUAAGUAACAUUUAAAAAUCCCUAGUUUUUUUGUGUUUUGCAGACCAAUGGUUGCUUCUGGUAGGAAGGUUCUUUACCUUUAAUUGUGAUUGUUUAUACUAAAUAUCUCCUUGUGCAUCUGAUGGAAUUCCCCAUCAAUAUCAGAAUGUGGAUUAUCUUGCCUUAUUGUAUAUUUACUGGUCGUUAUUUGUUACUUAUAAAUCCAAAAGUACAUGAUAUUUUAGUGAAAAUGAAGAAAUUAUCGUCGCAGUGAACGCAAUUUAUGCAAUUGCGUAAAACAGCCUGAAACAAAAAAUUCAGGACUUCAACGGGGUUUGAACUCGUGACCUUGCGAUUACUGGUGCAAUGCUCUACCAACUGAGCUAUGAAGCCAGACGUUGGGAGCAGGUCAAUUGUGGGUUCAUAUGUUCCCAUGAAAGACGUGUUCAAACCCCGUUGAAUUUCUGAAUUCUUUUUUUCAUAAAUUGCGUUCACUGCGAUGAUCAUUUCUUCAUUUUCAUUUCAUUUCCGCAGUUCAUAUAUAUCAUUAACACUCAUUUCUUUCAUGGGAACAUAUGAACCCACAAUUGACCUGCUCCCAACAUCAGUGGCUUCAUAGCUCAGUUGGUAGAGCAUCGCACCGGUAAUCACGUAGUCACGGGUUCAAACCUCGUUGAAGUCCUGAAUUUUUUUUUUCAGGCUUCUUUACGCAAUUGCAUAAAUUAAUUUCACUGCGACGAUCAUUUCUUCAUUUUCAUUCCAUUUCCGUAGUUCAUACAUGAUUUAUUUCAUAUAUCAUUAACACUCAUUUCUUUCAUGGGAACAUAUGAACCCACAAUUGACCUGCUCCCAACGUCAGUGGCUUCAUAGCUCAGUUGGUAGAGCAUCGCACCAUAAUCGUGAGGUCACGGGUUCAACCCCAUUGAAGUCCUGAAUUUUUUUUUUCAGGCAUCUUUACGCAAUUAUUGCGUAAAUUGCAUUCACUGCGACGAUCAUUUCUUCAUUUUCAUUUCAUUUCCGCAGUUCAUGUAUGAUUCAUUUUUCAUAUAUCAUUAACAAUGAUAUUUUAGUAUUUCAAAUGUGCAGAUCCUGCCUUCUUAUUGCAUGGUAGAGCUGUAGAUUGCAGAAAAGGAGAUUGCGGAUUUGGUUGGCCAUUUGCAUGGCUCAGAGGACCAUGCAGAAUUGCUGUCUGUCCCAUCUCCAGUAGAAAAUGUACAAAUGUUGUCCUCAAUAUUUUAAUCAGUGCUUUUGGCCUCAUUACACUGACGCUGGUGAAGUACUGGUUUUUGUUUUUCUAUGAGUGGGACAAUUUUUAGUGACCAUAAGAAAGGGAGUAUAUUUAUUCAAGGGUGUAGCUUGGUUACUGGAGUGGAGAUCUACACUUUCUAAUAACAAUAUCUGGGUAAUUGCUAGGACAAGGAGCCAAUUAAAACAAUAAACUUGGAAGAAUGCCAAGAAGUAGCCAGAGAUGAAUCACUAGGGAAAGGAAACUGUUUCAGGUACAAGAAUUGUUAAUUAAAUUUUGGGGGGUUGGGUCAAAGUUUUCAUAUGAUUGUGUUAAAAAAAAUGUCAAAUCACACACUGUCAGGCAUAAUUUGUUAAUUGCACUACUUCUUCUGACUUUGAACACAGGAUUGUAAUGCCUUACCGAACAUUUUUCUGUUAUGCUAAUUCUACACAAGAGGCUGAGGAGUGGAUUAAAAUGCUACAGUGGAAGCUGGUAUGUAGUGAAUCUUAUUGCUUGGGUAUUCCAUGGGAACAACUAAGCUAUAAAAUGGGAAGGGUUUUUUUUGUUCUGGCACAAAUUGCUCUCUGGCACCUUCAAUGUGUGUGCAAGAUAUAAGAGUAUGUUUAAAAUCGGUCAGCAUUCUAAACCAGAGCACAGAGUACAUAGCUGCCUGAGACACAGUCAGGGGUUUCAAAAUGUUUUGAAGUAGGCAGCGGACUCUGGAAAAGUAGGUGGCUGUGGGCCGCCAGGCCUCUGAAGCUAGGGGGGUCUAGAGUAGCCGGUGACAUACAAUCAAGUAACUGGCGGAACUCUGGCGGUUGUCGGCUUGUUUUGAAACCACUGCAUGGUGAGCAGCGGCAUCUGUAUCUGGUGUAUAAAACUCUGUGACCACAAGAAUGAAUUCUGACAUUUGUUAUAUGCUUUUUUGUUCCAAGCCAAUUUGAUAGGGGAACUUAAUAGAGAUGGUGGGCUUACAUGUAUUUGAGAGGGGGUUUAUUUAAUUUACAAAAGAAGAUAGUAUCAGUUCUCCAUAAAGAACUAGAGUACAGAGUGGAGAAGCUCAAGAACAGGAAGGUUGGAGGUCAUGCAGCCGAGGAAUUCGAACUUCCAGUUGGUAGAUAAACCAUCCCUGAUCAGUCCACACGAAGUUUUACAGUUGUGAUUGAAUAAUACAGACUAUCAUUUUAAUAUUAGUGUUCAAAGAAAAAUAAGGGAAGGGAGGGGAGGGGGCCUUAAUAAAAAGGGGGGGCUUAUUAACUUUCUUCCCCUGAAAGGGGGGUAUUAGAGGGAGGGGCUUAUUUGAGAGGGGGGACCUAAUGGAGGAUUUAUGGUAUGUGGUAUAACUUUGGGGCUAGUCGUUUAAUUCCUGUGAGGAGGAGGUGUGGGGGGGAGUUGAGUGGCCAUUUUGGUGGGGGGUCAUUUUCAAAACCUUGAUUGGUUUUGGGAGGUCAUUUUCAGAUAAAGAAACAUCACCUGGAGGGUCAUUUUAGUAAAUAUUGGGGGUCACUUCAUGAUAUGUAAAAUUUAUGUUGGGUCAUUUCUAAAAAGGCUGGAGGGUUGGCUUUAAAAUCUUUGAAGUCUUCUCAAAGUGGCCAGCCCCUUUGCCAGACCCUAAUCAUUUUAUCAAAAAGCAGAUAGAUAAUAAAUAAAUAAUAAUUUAGUGGUAGUACAUCCACAAAGUGGUCCUUCAUCUUCCAAUUAAAAAAAAAAAUCAAUCUUAAUCAAAUAACAAUUUAGAAAUGUUAGCUUAUGAGAAGAGGGGAAUACUGGAGUGUAGCAAACCAUAAGGAUGCGGCUGUAUGUUGUAAUAAUCUGUGUUUAUAAAAAUACUAUACUUUACCCAUUAUUUUAUUUUUUUCCAGGAAAAUGUCACUAUUUCAAGGCACAGGCAGUCUACCGUCAGAUAA